AUGCCGUCGCCAUCACCACCCCCGGCAUACGGCGCAAGCGAGCGCACGCCGCUGCUCGCUGGCUCCGGGCCCAAGCCGCGGCGCGAGAGCAUCGCGGCGUACGCUACGGGCCUGCCGGAUACCGCCGAGACGCCUGUCGUUGAGAGCAGCGGCAGCAAGCAUUACAACCUCGCUGGGCUGAGCCCGACCGACUUCUGGAUCCUCUGUAUCUCGAUGUGGUGGUGCUCGUUCCUCAGCGCAUUCGACGGCACGAUUGUCGCGACCCUCCUCGGGCCCAUCUCGUCGUCGUUCCUCGCGUCGAACAACGCUAGCUGGCUCGGCACGUCAUACCUCCUCUCAGUGUGCUGCUUCACGCCAAUCUACGGCCGCCUGUGCAACAUUAUCGGGCGGCAGGCGAGCAUGCUCGUCGCGCUCUUCUUCUUCUCGGUAGGCAACAUCAUGUGCGCCGUCGCGCCGUCGAUGCAGUUCCUCAUCGCGGCGCGUGCGAUCGCGGGUAUCGGCGGCGGGGGUCUCACCUCCGUCGGCUCGACAAUCAUGAGCGACCUCGUGCCGAUCACGCACCGCGGCAUAUUCCAGGGGUACGGCAACAUCAUGUUCGGGCUGGGGAGCGGCCUCGGCGCACCCCUCGGAGGCAUCAUAUCCGACCGUCUCGGCUGGCGCUGGGCAUUCUACUUCCAGAUCCCGCUGCUCAUCCUCGCAGCAAGCAUGGUCUACCUCAAAGUGACGUACACUGUGUCCAGCCCCUCGUCCAGCGGGACGAGCACGCCUGCGCGCAGAGAAACGGCAUGGGAGAAGCUCGCGCGCAUCGACUGGCUUGGGUCGCUCUUCAUGGCUGGCUUCCUUGGUGCCGGGCUGCUCGCGGUUUCGCUGCGCACGAGCAGCACGAGCGAGGACGGGAGCGAGCUGUAUGCGUGGUCUGACCCGCUCAUUGUCGGCCUGUUCUCUGCCAGCGCGGUGCUCCUGGUCGUGUUCUUGUUUGUCGAGCUGCGCGUCGCCAAGGAGCCUGUCCUGCCCGUCGAGCUGUUGACGCGCCGCACGCCCGUCGCGAUCGCAAUCAACAACUUUGUCAUCUCGUUCCUCACGUUCGCUCUGAUGUACUCGGUCCCGCUGUACUUCACCGCUGUCCGCCUCAUGUCCUCUGAGGACGCCGGCGCGCACCUCAUCCCCAACAGUGUGCUCGGGUCCCUCGGGUCCCUUGGCACCGGGUUCAUCGUGCGCGCGACAGGGCGAUACUACUGGCUCACGUUCUUCUGCGGGUCAUGCAGCAUCGUCGCGACGCUCCUGCUCUCCUCGUGGAGCCUCGACACGAGCGAGUGGCUCAUGUGGACGAGCUUUGGACCACAGGCCUUCUCCAUGGGCUCGGUGACGACGCUCACGAUCGUCGGGCUCAUCGCCGACGUCGGGCGGGAUCAUGUCGCCGUGGCUACGAGCUUGUCAUACGUGUUCCGCACCACUGGCCAAGUGCUCGGCGUCGCCCUCUCCGGCGCGCUCACCCAGGCGGUCCUCCAGCGCGAGCUCGCGACCCGCAUCACGGGCCCGAACGCAGACAAGGUCAUCUCGGCGAUCCGCCAGAGCUCAGAGCACAUCCGGACGCUCCCGCCCGACCUCCAGCUCGCAGCGCGCACGUCGUACCUCAACGCCCUGCACGCGGUGUUUUUCUCCGGCAUCGCGUUCAGCGUCGUCGGCGUGCUCGCCACGUGCUUUAUGCGCGAGGUGCCGAUGGGGGCCGUGGCGAAGGUGCCUGAGAGCGAGAGCGACGAGGAUGAGGAGGUGUAAGGCUGCAGGCGGGGACGCAAGGAAAGAAAAGGCAGGCGCGUGAGGG